ACUUGCCUAAUAUCAUGUAUUUUCAAGAGAAACAGAUGGGUCAUGUCGAUUGGUUUAAUUCGCUGGAUAAAGUCUCUUUUUGCACUUGACUGACAUUUUCGAGACACUAUAUAAGAGUUAGAUUAUAGGUUAUAGGGGUAAAACUGGAAUAUAAAUUAUUUUCUAGUUAUGAGAAGUACUUCUCUAAUUAUGAUCACAUCUAGAGCUAUGGGAGCUAAUUAUCUCAAUAUUUUAAAUAAUAUUUAUUAUUAGUAUAUUUAGUUAAUAUAAUUACUAAAAUACUUUGGUUUUUGGUUCGGUUUGGUUUAAACCAAAUCAACCGAACGAUUUGGUUGAUAAAAUCUAUAACCAAAUGGUUUAGACAUAUGCUUUGGUUUGGUUUGGUUUGGUUCUGUUUUCUUGUCCCCUACUUAAAUGUGACCAUUUUUGCAAGUUUUCUCUUUUUUCAUUCAUUUCUGUUGGUUGCCACAACUUAACCAGUUAACCUACUUCUUAUACAACAAAAUAACCCGGAUCAUUUGCUUCUCGCAUAAUUUUUUUUAAUUUCUUGCAACUGAUCGUCUUUUCGCACAAGUUGCUGUAUAGGAUAAUGAAAUCAACCUUGCUCUCUAAGGGCAAGACAACGUGGCAUGUGAAACGGACAUACCACUUUCUGCCACAUGCAAAUGAAUAGGUCAAAAUCGUGGACUUUGACUUUCCAGCUCUCAAGUCGUCUCCUUCCCUCUAUAAGUAGCUAACAAUAGCUUCUCUCAAUCCCCAGCUCUCAAGGAGUCUCCUUCCAUCUACAAAUAGCUAACAAUAACUUCUCUCAAUCCCACGAUAUCACCAUGAACUAUUGCUCCUUCACUCUCUUCGUAUUUUCCGCCACUAUCUUUCUCCAGAGUUUAAACCCUAGCGGAGCCGCCACAUGUCAUCCUGAUGAUGAGGCGGGUCUUUUAGCUUUCAAAAAGGGUAUAACACGAGAUCCUUCUGGCAUUCUCAGCUCAUGGAAGAAAGGUACUGCUUGCUGCUCCUGGUACGGUAUCGCUUGCGUUAACGGUGACCGUGUCACCAUUCUUUCACUAGUCGGAUUUCCCAAGAAACCCGAACGCUCCCUCUCCGGCACUCUCUCGCCUUCGCUGGCUAAACUCCAGCACCUCGAAGUGAUUAGCUUAGGAGGUCAUGGGAACAUCACUGGAUCUUUUCCGCAGUUCCUUCUCCAAUUACCGAAGCUUAGAUACGUAAACAUCGAGAAUAACCGUCUCUUUGGUCCCCUUCCUUCCGACAUCAGCAUGCUAAGGCAGUUGGAAGAUUUGUUUCUUCAGGGAAAUAAGUUCACCGGUCCAAUACCGAAUUCUAUAUCAAAUCUGUCUCGGUUAUCUGGUCUCUUUAUUGGCGGUAAUCUCCUAACCGGAACUAUACCCUUAGGGGUUGCUAAUCUCAAGCUAAUGCAGAAUCUGAAACUCGGCGGCAACCGCCUCUCCGGCACCAUACCAGAUAUUUUCGAAUCCAUGACGGAGCUCAAAUUUCUCGAUCUCUCCGGCAAUGGAUUCUCCGGAAAACUUCCUCGGUCUAUUGCAUCACUCGGACCGACACUCCUGCUCCUUGACCUGAGCAAAAACAAUCUCUCUGGGACAAUUCCAGAAUAUAUAUCAAGAUUCAACAAGCUCGAAAAGUUGAAUCUCUCCAAGAACCGCUUCUCCGGAGUCGUCCCAAAUGGUUUGGUCAAUCUGACCAAUAUAAACAAUCUUGAUCUCUCUCACAAUCUUUUAAAUGGUCCAUUUCCUGCCUUGAACGUUAACACCAUUGGGUUUCUUGAUCUCUCGUACAACCAGUUUCACCUCAAAACGAUUCCAGAGUGGGUUGCCUCAUUACCGAGCAUCUUCUUGUUGAAACUAGCAAAAUGCGGGAUCAAGAUGAGCAUAGAAAAUUGGGAGCCAGCGGCACCCUUAUACUACCAUUACAUUGAUCUGUCGAAAAACGAGAUCUCAGGGAGUCUAGAAAGGUUCCUUAACCAGACAGAGUAUCUGCUUGAGUUUCGAGCAGCGGGAAACAAACUUAGAUUCGAUAUGGGGAGGUUGACGUUCGCAAAGACGCUGAAAACCUUGGAUCUGUCAAGGAAUUUGGUAUUCGGGAUGGUGCCAGAAACUGUGGCCAGUCUGCAGAGACUGAACUUGAGCCAAAACCAUCUUUGCGGAAAGCUUCCGACAACAAAGUUCCCGGUUAGCGCAUUCGCCGGCAACGACUGUCUCUGUGGCGCUCCACUCUCUCCUUGUUUACUUUAGAGGCAAGAAAACUAUAUAUUUGCAAUGUAUUUGCAUUCACCGUGACAUUUGAAGUUUGCUCCAAAAAUGAUUGGUAUUUGUAACAAAUAAAAUAGAAUUUUAAGUUCUCAAUAUUUAAUCAUUUUAAAGAUA